AAUGUGGAACUUUGCAAGGUUUGAAUGUCCAUUUAUUAUUCAGCACAAUUAUAAUCUCAUGUCUUUUUCAUUCCAAGAAAAGGGCAUCCACUGCAUCCAAGUUGGUCACUUUGGACUCUCUCAUCUUUGCACCUCUGAUGUAAAAGAACAUGGAUUUCCUCUUCUAUUUCAUCUUAUCAUGCAAGGUUUAUCUUCCAUUAUUUCUAGACUUCUGACAUAAAGACUUAUCUAUAUCUAUUACUAGUGCUAUUGCCUCUUCACCAAUCUCUUUUGCUUCUGGUCCUAUCAGAAGCUUUGCUUUUUUCUGACUGGAAACCAGCCAAAAGUGUCCUGCACUUAAGGCCUACCUCAGCUUCUUGUUUCCUUUGACAGCUCCAUUCCCAUUUCCCCCAAUCCCUGUAUGGUGCACUCCAAAUCUCUCUGAGACUGUUGUACCAGCUCAGAGGAUUUCAUGCAAGCAAUCAGACUUGCGCCAUUGCCUUGCCGUUGUGGUUCUAUAGGUUCAGUACUUCUCUCUUCUCUCUCUCUGGUUGGUCUGAGAUGUCAUCAGAGCUUUGGAUUCUGUACCUGAGGAAGAGCCACAAUCCUCCAUUGCUAUACCACAUGCGAGUGAGUGCCACUGAACACCAAAUUCUCCUUCCCCGCGCACUUUGAUUUCAGUGUCAAAGUAGCUGCGCCUUGUCCCUCUCAAUCUUGGUAACCUUAUCUAUCUUUUUUGAAGCUUUUAAGAGGUCAGAGACAUAAAAGCAAUAGACUUCACCAUCUGUUGCUUGUUUAUGCCGGGAUUCUGGUUUCUCUGAUCCUUGAAUGUGUUAGAGAAGAAGCAAAUGAGCAUUCCUUACUUGUUCAGAUGCCCGAUAAGCCUCGAUCUCUUCACUGAUCCAGUCACUCUGAGCACAGGUCAAACCUAUGACCGGCCGAGCAUCGAGAAAUGGCUUGCCGAUGGCAAUUUGACGUGCCCGGUAACAAUGCAGAGGCUCACCGACACGACGUUAAUCCCCAACCACACCCUUCGCCACCUUAUCCACCGGUGGCUCCUCGCCGACCCGGGCGUGAAUUGCCGGCACAGGCCCGUGCAGUCUGCCGGCCACAUCGACGCUGGCUUCUCGCUCCUCGCACUCAAACAGAAACUUCAGUCGUCGAACACCUCCCGCGCCGACAAGCUUGACUGCCUCGAGAAGCUGCUGUUCCAAUUCUCGGUGGUGGUCGAUUCGGCACUCGCCGAGGCGAUGCUCGACUGCGUCCUGAGCUUGUUAGCCUCCGCCCAACUGGAUUCUCUCGACAUGCUCAAGGAGCACGCCAGGUUGACCUCGUUGGAGCUCCUGUUAGACCAAGGCAACACGAAGACGAAGACGAGCUUAUGCCAUCUCUUGAAAGUCAUAGCUGCUUCUUCAGCAACUCGAGAGCUGUGCCUCGUAGUAGGAGAGUCGCGGCGGGUCUUGCAAGCGCUCGUCUCUCUUCUACAUGAUAAGUCCAGCAUCCGAGCAUCGGAGGCAGCAGUUCGAGCGAUCUCAGGUAUGUGCUCGUUAGAACCCAAUCGAAGCCAUGCGAUCAGAGGAGGUGUGGUGGACGGCCUCGUCUCGCACCUGUCGAGUCCGAACCCAAGAACUGCUGCGCCUGCGCUGGCGACGCUGGAGCUGCUGCUGACACUGGAGGCCGGCAAGAAGGCUCUCGUCGAACAUUCCGACGCGAUCAAGGUCCUGGUGAAGAUGGUGUUCAGGAUGUCGACGGCCGAUCACGAGGGGAGCGAGCACGCUCUGGGUUCGCUGCUCGCGGUGUGCUGCGAGUCGGAGAAGGCGCGGUCGGAGGCGAUGGACGCCGGGGUGAUGACGCAGCUGCUGCUGCUGCUCCAGAGCCAGUGCAGCUCCAUGGCCAAGGCCAAAGCCAGGGACUUGCUCAAAUUAAUGAGGUCUCUGUGGACUGAAGAAACCAGGAGGUUGUAAUCUCCUGUGCCUCUCAUCGUUCUCGACUCAAUCUUCUCCAUGCAAAUAGCCACUGUGUGAUGGCUUUACUUUGUUGCACGACUGAAGCCAUGCACAUUCUUCAAGUUAUUUGGCCAUUGCAUGUCUAUUGGAACCUAAGAAGAUUAACAACUCCCACUUCUGCAUUCACAA